CUAUCCUCUCUGUCUCUCUCUACACACACACACACUCCAUAGAUAAUGGAAAAGACUACUCCUGCUUUCUCCAUGGCUGACAUCCUGAUCUCAGAAGAUCUACCAACCAGCUUCUUCUCACUCUUGUGCAUCAUCGUAUUGCGAAAAGUUCUAAGUUGGAUCAAGACAUUUCAUGAAAUCUACUCGCGGCUUCUCCGCUUGCUCCAUUUCCUCUUCACGACCCAAAUUCCCAGCUCAGAACCUCGCUCUGAUCAUGUCAAUGGAGCUAUUAAUGACAGCUUGGACAGAUCCCAAGUGGAGAUGGUGAUGGAGAAGCUGGGAAUUUUCAGCAAUGGCACUGACGAGCUGCAAGUCCGAGUGGGCGCAGAUUACCUGGCAGCCUUGUUCGAGGAAAACGAAGCGAGCUUCGAGGAAGUUAAGGGAGCUUUCGAUGUGUUCGACGAAAACCGGGAUGGGUUCAUCGAUGCGCAUGAGGUGCAGAAAGUGGUUUCUGCAUUGGGAUUUGCAGAAGCUUGUUCGGAGAUGGAGCAGUGCAGAAGGAUGAUUGCGGCCAUUGAUGAGGAUGGAGAUGGACGUAUUGAUUUCCGUGAGUUUCUGAAGCUCUUGGAGAAUGGCCCUAAUCGUUAGGUAAUCAUAGUUAGGGACUAGGGGCACGAUCCCCUUAAAAAGUAAUGUUAUGGGUACGCCGUGCACUAUGCCCUCGACUAUCGAAAUAAUUUAAAAAUAAUUUUUACAUUAUUUUUUGAAUUUUGCAAGACUCAAGAAAUGUACCUGCCCACCCACCCACCCAUCAAAGCCAUCUUCUCCCUCCCUGUUACCCGCCCAAACCCAAAACCCAAAGCCAUCUUCUCCGUCUUCUUUCUCAUUUAUUCAGUCACUCUCUCUCUUUCUCUCUCUCUCCCCACACUCUCUCUUUCUCAAACUCACCACCUAUCCUCACCCUUCUCUCCGCCACGAGCAAUCGCCCGCACC